AUGAUUGCACUGUCAAAUUCUACGAUGUCCCUAUCCGAGCACAGAGCCAGUAACAUGGUUUUCAGCCCUCCUCAAGCGCCGCUUUCAAAUCCUAACCUCUGGCGACCCAUUUCACACGCUGUGUUUGACUGGUCCUUGGGCCCUGGGUAUGCGAUUAUCGGACCUUUGUUAUUUUGCUUCGUAAUGGAUAGUGUUUGGAAGUCCGGUCUCGUGACUGGAAAAAGACUGUAA